AUGACAGCUACCGCAGAACAAGCAUUGUCCUUACUCCGCCAGCUCCAAAAUGAGCAAGGCGACCUAAAGCAAAGUCUCAGUAUCAUCCGAAUCGCAGAACCCAUUUCAGACGCUGGCGACGCGAACCCCUCGCCGUCAAAGCGGAGAUCAGAUGUCUCGCUGUCAAAUCUGCAUGAUCCGACUCCUGCAACCCUCGAGGAUGACUUGGCGCAUUACAAGGAGCUUUUCUCCAAACUGCGAUUUUCCUACGUCGAGCAAGUCACCAAAGAAAAGUUUUUGCGAGCGAUCGUGGGUGACCCACCCCUGAUCGUGGGGCACAAUGAGAAUAUGGAACUGGAGACACAGUUGGCGGAGGUGAAAGCAGAGCUUAAGGCACAGAAAGAGGAAGCUCGCAUGGUGAUCGAAGAAAUGGAGAAGAUGAGCCGUGACCUUGCCAGUCGCUACAAAAAUGUUGAACUCCAAGAAGCACAGCUCGCGAGCCUGCCGGAGUCCAUCGAGAACCUUGAGAGUACCAUUGCUGGUCUUCGCGCAAAGCAAGUUGCCAACAUGGACACAUCAGAUCCACGGUCAUCCCAAAAUAUGCCUCUACCUGCGACAAUGGAAUUGCUCUCGGAUCGCGAAGCAGAAUUAGCAGCGCUCAAUCGCCAGAUUGCUGCGGUCGAGAACUCUUUGCCGCGCAAGACUCGAGAGGCUGAGGCCAUUGAGAGGGAGGUCUCGGUUCUCGAGCGCCGAAAGGUGGAGGCUGUUACACAGGCACGCGAAGCGAGACGCAAGAAGCAGGAGGGAGAGACUGAUGGUACUGAAGAAAUGGGUCGUUGGUACCGCAGUGCACAAGAGACUUUGAAAGAGAUGGUGGGAUUGGAGGGAUGA